AUGGGGUCAGUGGAGCGGUUGGACUGUUCUGCAACCUGCGGAACUGCUUACAAAUCCCGACGUCGUGCCGUAGCGGUCCUGCAAUGGCACGGCCAAGGAAGUUGUACCCUGCAAUCCUGGUGUUGGGCACGAGCUACGGCAGCAAACGGGAGCCCUCUGACCAAUGCGGCGCCAACCGACGGAGGCAAACCACCUUUUCUGGUGGCGUGGAGUUGUAACCGACGGCCUCCGUGGCUAUCUCAUUUUCGUGCAAGAAAAAACCGUUCACCGGCGGCACGGAGGCUAUUACGACAGCGCGGGGGUCGCCCGUGUUAUACAGGUUCGCGCCAGGGGCUGGAGGCGCAAUAUUGGUGGUGGGAUGUGCUCGUGAAGCGCAUUGACGUGGGUUUGAUGAUGGUCUUCACCUACACGGCGAUCGUUCCAGAUCCAGAGGCCAAGCUGCUGCUCUUUCCCGUAUUAUCCGGAAUUCAGGUCAUUGCCACUGCUUGGCUGAAGCCCUUCAUCAACACCCAGGCAGAGGUGUUGGACCUGCUGGACGUCUCCUUGGGCACCGUGCGCUUCAUCAUCUUCAGCUCCAUAGCAGCGCUGUUGAUCCUGAGCCCUCGGGAAGCGGCGACUCUCACGAUGGCAGUUCUGCUGCUGUUUCUGCUCCUCGGAGCUUUCGCCUAUCUUCUGGUCCACAUCAUUGCACAGUUCCUGCGCCAUUCAGCGGCAGAGCGCCACACCACGGCGAAGGGGACGGGCCUCACGUCGAAGUUCAGUUGGGCCCGACGCCUUGCCGUUGAAUUCUUGCUGCCAGCAUUUCAGCAAUCACCUGACGAGAACAUCGAGAUAAGCUGGUCUUUCGACGGCCGCCAGAUCAUGGCCCCGGUCCCCCUCGCUCCACCCGAGCAAGCAGCCUGCGAAGAGGAACUCCGCAUUAAGCGGUGGCGAGUCAUACUUCAGGCCAGAGGGUGGCAAUCCCUACGCAGCGUUCGGGCCAGCGUGCUUCGCUUCCACCCGGCAAACCAAGAUGCGAUCUUGCUCAAAGCGAGCGAGGAAUUCAUGGCCUUCUUGCUCCACGACCUGGGGCAGCGUGAGUUGCCUGGCGAGGGGCUCAAGGUUCUGUGUGCCCUGGCAACCGCCAACCGGGAAAUGCCCCGCAGUUUGGCCAAAAGCCAAGUGGGAAGGGCGUGGCUGGAGGCGGUCUUGGCCUUGAUGUCCGGUCCGGAGUGGCAGACGUGCAGUCCAGAGGACCUGGAGCGUGGCAUUGCGCGCCUGGCCCAGAUGCCCCAGAAUGAGGCCGCAUUGCUGAUCACCCUCAUCGCCCAGAUCUGCACGGACCAAACGAGAAGCCGCACAGUCGCCGAGCUGGAAUGCGAGGGAAGGAGGCUUCCUGAAAAGCGCAAGGUGGCCUCCGACUUCCACCUGACGCUCCUCUCGGAAUGGGACGAACAUACAAAGACCUCACCAGCGAAAGAGGACCAUGUUUCGGUUGAAUGUCAAAACGCCGUCUCUGGAGAUCUGCAGGAAGAAGCCACUGGUCUCCAGGAGGGCAUGUCGGCCUUUGAAUCGGGCAGCCCAGGCGAUCCAUCCAGGUUGGCAUCGUCGGCAGAGGAGGCCAUGCUUGCUGUACGGAGCAGCGACGACUUGCACUCUGCAGCAGCUCACUUCCCGACUGGUGAGCAAGAGGACGGUCACGCCGAGAGCAGCUCUUCCCACCUGCCCGGGUCCGGCGCUAUACCAAACCGAGCACUGAGGAUUUCUUCAAUCCGGAGCAUCUGA